AUGGGGGAAACUGAUUUUAAUAUUAGGGCUUCACAAUUCACAAAUCACCGAUGCCAUACGCUUUAUUCGGUCUUCCCUUCCUCUUCCCAAAGACCCAAAGUCCAACUCCAAACAUUGAACGACGACUGUCAAGACUCAAUCGACGAUCGACUAGCAGGCAGUAGAAAUCGACCAUCGACUCAAUCGACGACGACUGGAGAGUGGAUAUUGACGACGUCGACGAGUCAGUCAAUUACUCAAUCGGCGAUUUCUCCAACAAAAACGCGACCGGCGACUGUGACUUCACGAUUUCGAUUUCUCGCCUCCCAGUUGACUUCUCCACCAGAAAUCGGAGUUAUGUCUUCAGCAGAGCCGAAUCAACCCAAUGAUUCAACCACGGUUAAUGAUACCGCCAAUUCUGCAGUUAACUGUAGCGCGAAACAAAUGAAAUUUAUAUCUCCAAUGUGGCGUCAUUUCACCUAUGAAGAAGUUAAUGGAACCAAAAUGGCGGUUUGUUGUGUUAUUGAUGGUGAUGAUUUACAUUCCGAUGAAGACGACGAGGGAAUUGAGGGAGGAUAUUCAAAUGUCAAUGAAUGA